AUGGUAGAAAGCGUUGGAACUGUCAGUGAUUGUCAUAAAAUUGGAGAUCGUAUUGACUGUGAUGGUCAUCCAGGAACUGUUUGUUACAUUGGCCCGGUUAUUGAUACCAAUGGUUUGUGGUUAGGAAUUGAUUGGGAUGAUCCGGCACGUGGGAAGCACAAUGGCACUUAUCAUGACGUUGAAUAUUUUAAGACCAUAUUACCAACAUCUGGGUCCUUUGUACGACCCGGUAAGGUAAAGACAGGAAUAUCUUGUCUAGAUGCCAUUCGACAGCGCUAUGGGCUCGUCGACGAUGAGCUAGCAGGUGUAGAUCGUGAUAAACUGUUCAUCUUAAAAAGAGAAAUCCAUGCUCCGUUUCUGGAAAUGGUAGGAUUCUCCAAAGUUAACAAGAAGCAAAGUGCAUUUGAUCAAUUAAAAGUUGUUUGGUUAAGAGAUCAAUUAGUGUCUAGUGCUGGAGUUCCUGGAGAACUUCUAGAGCUUUGUCCCAAUGUGCGUGAAUUAGAUAUAUCAAAAAAUUUAAUAAAUUCCUGGAGGAUUGUGGCUGAUAUUUGUAUACAAUUAAAGAAGCUUGAACGUCUUGACGUUAGUGAAAAUUUAUUACCUACCAAGAUUGAUGUGGAUUUAAAUGCGUUUGCUAAUGUUAAUCAAUUGGUGAUGACACGAAUGAAUUACGACUGGUCGGACAUCGAGUGGUGUUCUUCAUUGUUUCCUGCGCUUAGAGUUCUUUAUGUACCUUUUAAUAGUGCUAGGGUGCUCAGAGAGCCUUUGGAAAAUUCUAGCCUCACUCAACUGGUUGAUUUGUCGCUAGAGGGGAAUAAUUUGAGUGACUGGGACGAAGUUUUGAAGUUGGGUAAUUUAUUGAGUUUGGAAAAUUUGAAUUUAAACUCUAAUAAAAUCGAGCGAGUAAAAUUCUUUUGUGAUGAUGGUGAAGAGAAGACUAAAUCGUUCCCUAAGCUACGGCAAUUACACUUGUCGAAGAAUUGUAUCACUGAGUGGCGAUCUAUUAGCGAAUUAGAAAAGCUGAAUAAUCUUGAAGACUUGAAGCUGCGUGACAAUCCUGUGUUUGAUAAUGAAAAGCUCACUACAACUCGUGAUUUAAUAAUAGCAAGAAUUUCAAAAUUAAAAUUGUUGAAUGGAGAAGAAAUAAUUCGAGAAGAAAGAAAUGGAGCUGAAUAUGUUUACUUAAAGACAUUCGAUGAAGAAUGGAAAAACAUUGCUGAUAGUGAUGAAUGUCAGAAGAAAGAAUUUAUAGAAAAUCACCCGAGAUAUUUAUCUUUAAUUAAAAAGUGUGGAAUUACUGAAUUUCCCAGCAGUACGAAGUUUAGUACCGAAAUGAAGUCAGAUGUGAUAACAGUUGAGUUUGUUAGCAGCAACGUGGAGUCAAAAGUUCAAAAUGUCAAGAGAAAAAUUAUGAAAGAUAUGAAUGUACAAAAAGUAAUGGGCUUAGUUCAAAGAAUAUUUAAAAUAAGUGGUAAAAUACCGACGCUUUUGCUUAUUCCAUCAAAUAGACCAAACGAUGAAAUUCCCCUUGAUAAAUUUCUGCAAGAGUUAAGCUACUAUUCCAUUCAAGACGGUGAUAAAAUAAUUGUUCACUGGUGA